GUUACUAAAAAUGCAACGUUAUUUAUCUAAAGUACAGGUUACCCAGUGACAUUAUAGCUAUGGCUAGCAACUCUGCAGGCUAUGUCUCAAAAGUGUCUUUACAGUGUCUUCUGUCCUCUUUAUGUAUUAAAAUGUGUCCAAAAUUGUUUACAGAUGUUGCUGCUGGCAGAUUGGGGGUUUGUUUUUUUUCAUAAUAACAUCCUACAAAAAAAAGCUGUUGCUUAAACUUUUCCUUAAAGAAAAUUAUAUUUGACACAUUUAAAUCAAGAAUUUCAUAAAUAAUACAAAUUCCAUGUUUUCUCUUAUUUGGUUUCUGUGACUCUUCCAGGACCAUGGAUCUGUGAGGCAGCAAUGCUGCCUGCUGUGCCACAUCACCCUCUACUUAUUCAUCUUAGAGCAAUUAACAUUUAUGAUUCAUCUCCUGCUUCUGUGAGUAAUCUCACUUGGAUGCCCCAGAGACUUACACAUCCCAAGAACUGCUGUCGUGACUAUGAGAUGUUUCACUACAAAUAAAUCUGACUUAUAGCGAGAGUCAGAUUCAUAGAAUGUUGGGGGGUUUUUUUAACAUCCUGUAUGUAUCAUUAUGGAUCACUGUUGUUUGUCUUCUCUGUAGGACUGUCUGGUGUCAAACAGAGGAUACAUUCCCUUUUAAGUGUUGCUCUUUAUAUUGUUUGAGGGCAUUUUUCCUUGCCACUAUCACUGAAUGUUGAGUACUCUAUUUAUCCAUCUGUCUCUCGAUCCACCCACCAUUUUACUUUUUUUUCCACAGCAGAAAUGUCAGAUAUAGGACAUUAAUGUAUUCGAUAUAAUCAUUUGGACUGUAGUAUAUUUCUCAGCUGAUAUAACUCCAGGCAACAUUUCAAAGCUCUGAGCAGUGAAAUUAUUCACUACCAAUGAUCCUAUUUACAUUUUGUAGUGUUAUAACUUGCGGUGGAAAUUUAUUUAAUUUGAUGUUUUUACCAUUUGGUUUGCACAAUAUGUCUAACAUUUGAAGAUGGUAAAUUAUUGUGGCACAAAGGUUUUUUUUUUUUUUUAAGUAGCCAUUUGUUGGUUGCAUACUGUAAGUAUUCACCCCCUCUGACAAUACUUGCCAAAAUAUUAACUUUGUCCAUUGGGAUCCUGAUAUUUUUAGCCAUUCGUCUCAACAGCAUUGUUUACCAAUGGAGACCACUGGUAAACAGCUGUUCCCACAUAGGAUUGAGGGUUUAGGAUUGAGGACUUCAACUGGGCUUCUAACACAUUCAACUUCUUGAUUUUCCAUUGUAGUUUUGGCAGUAUUUUUGGGUUAUUAUCCAGUUGGAAGGUGGACAUCCUCCCCAAUCUCAAAUCUCUUGCAGGCUUGAUCAGGUUUUCUUCUAGGGUUGUGCUGUAUUUGGCUCCAUCCAUCUUUGCCUCAUCCCUAACCAGUUUACCAGUCCCUGCUGAUGAAAAGCAUCCCCACAUCAUGAUCCUCCCUUCACCAUGCUUCACUGUGGGGAUCAUGUUCUCGGGGUGAUGAGCAAUGCUGGACUUCCAAUGCACUCCAAAUGGGAUUUCAUAUGGAUUUUUUCAACAAUGGCUUUCUUCUCACCACUUGUCCAUAAAGCACAACUUUUUUUAUUUUCCAUGUUAUAGAUCUAGUCCCUCUGAGCUACAGUCUGUAUCUCUUCAGCUACUUCUGAAUUACUCUUGGCCUCUUGUUUGCUUCUUUGACUAAUGCCUUCCUUUCCCAGUCAGUAAUAUUUGGUGGACGGUUUAUGCAAUCAUAACUUGCACAAUGGUUUUUAAUUUGUGAAUAAUUUUGCUAACUAUAUUGACAUUUCCUCUAACAGUGGUAUGGGCUAUUUUGUGCAGAUUCGUGACAUAUAAUCCUAAAUUUCAUUUCAUUUCCAGGUUGCACCACUACAAAAUGUGGAAAACUUGAUUUAGCAGGCCACUAAGCCCCACAGUAGAAAGUUAUGAAAAAGUUCUAUUGCAUGUAUCCCAUACCAUAGACAUUAAAAAAAAAAUAAUUGCUUUGCAAUCCAUGAUUGGUUCUACAGUUCUGGAGGCAUGUUUUUUUAACAUUCCAAUUUUACAGUAACGUUGUUUUGCAUCUGUAGUUAUUGCUAUGGACCUUACGCGAAUGGCUUCAAUUUGAUGUCAUCCUGUCGAGUGUGAUGAAACGGAAAGCUGGGGCCCGCCUACAAGUUGCCUGUCGUGAUUUCGCUCUAGGUGGCGCCAUUUGGCACGAGUCCAGGCAUCGACGGGUUCGUGUGCGUGUGUGUGUGUGUGUGUGUGUGUGCGCGCGCGCGUGCGCGUGCGCCAUCUCCACCAUAAAUGGUUCUCCCCAGAAGGUACAAUAUCCCAUUGCCUGUGUGCACCGAGUGCGCGCUGCCUCAUUACUUCCGUUUUUGACACGCAGUCACGGGAUGUUGUGUGCAAAGCAGAACCGUCUCUGGAGCUCCUCUCCCUGCACACUUCUUCCCACUUCUGAUCCAGUUUCCUACUUGAAGAACUAAAAUAAGACUCUUUGGACGCAUUGAAUACUCUCCUUUUUUUCUCUCUCUUUUUUUUUUGCAACUGAGCACCUGUGUGACGAAUACAGGAAAUGACAAUGAACGGCACGGCGUUUAACCAAACGGACGGCGGUAUUUUUUCCAACCGGACUGAGGAGAUCUUGUCGUGUUGUAACUUCUCGUCGGUGGUGACGGAUGACGGCUUCGCGGCGGCGGCACCGGACGAUGAGCGCAGCCUCUUCAUCAUGAGAGCGGUGCAGAUCGCCGUGAUGUGCGUGCUGUCUCUCACCGUGGUGUUCGGCAUCUUCUUUCUCGGCUGCAACCUUCUCAUCAAGUCCGAGGGGAUGAUUAACUUUUUGGUGACGGAUCGGCGACCGAGCAAAGAAGUGGAAGCUGUUAUAGUGAGCGUGUAUUAGCGCGCUCCAUAGUUACAAGACUAAAAAGGUUUUCUUUCCAGUAAAUGCAAGUGAACUUGCGUCCAAAACGCGUACUAACGUAUAACACAGCUUAGUAUGCGCUUUCACACGCGACCUUUCCAAGUUCCUCUUCAGCCAAAGUGAAUGUUAAGUGAACAUACUGCAGAGUUUAUGUGCACACCACUGAAGAAGGUCGGACCUACCACCUGAACUGUCAUUUUUAUGUUAGGAUACAAGUCCCAUCUAUUUACCGAAAGUGUUUCUUUGCGCACGAAUGAGUGUUGGGAUACAUUGUGUGUGUGUGUGUGUUGUCUGCAGCAAGCCGUGCGCACUUCUGAGUUGAUUUUUUUUAAUGAACACACUAUAUGACAUGUUUUUUGUAAAACUGCACGGAUGUGCGUUUGUUUAAAUUGAUAGGCUACAUAUAAUGUUUCAACGUUAAAAGGAAUAAAAAAAAAAAAACGAAUAAUGUACACAAAAAGUGUUUCCUCCAGAAUUUUUAUGAGUUUACCUGUAGCAGUGUCUUGGGUUACAAGCCACAGUUUGUUGCAUUAUAAAAAAAAAAAGUUUGUUUUUUUUACUUGAUGAGUGAGCUUAAAUAGGACUUUUUUAAUUAAAUAAGAUACGCACAGUGUCAUUUAUUCUUCAUUGAUUAAUUAAUUAAUUCUUAAUCAGGACCUUAUAAUUCUAUGGUCAGUGUGUGUGUGUGUGUGUGUGUGUGUGUGUUGCAAAAUUUAUUGCAUUAUACUGUAUAAUGUACAUUUCAUAAUGUAUCAUGUACACACACAUGCAUAUGUAUGUAUAUAAUGUUCUCCAUGGACAGUUAGUGUUUAAAUGGGAUAUCAAUGGGGAAUAAUCUAUUCCUAUCAUUAGAGCACCUGUGCUCCUUUUAUCAUUAGUAACAAUUGCGUCACAGGAGUUUUUCUUCCAUUUAGUCGAGUUUUCCAUUUUUCCAUUUUCUCUGAUUAUAAAUUACACGUGUGGGAAUUUUAUUCAACAAGUGAACCAUCCGCUCUCUUCUAAUCUCUCUUUGAAGCAUCUAAUUCACAUUUUUAAAGGAGUGUGAAAAACAUUAUUAACAACUGAGUCAGUUCAUAUGAUGUCACAACAAUCAUAUAUCAUUACACUGGAUUAAAUAAUUUAUGGAACAUUCUCGAGGUGAUCAUUUGACUGAUGGCUUGUGUAUCUUACAAGGGCAAGUUACAGAUGAAACUGAGCAGCUUGAAGAGUUGCCUUUACACGAGUAAAUCUUUUGUUGUUCAGAUUUGCCUGAUUGAAUUACUAUGAAUAAGUCAUCAGUUUGAGUUCAGGAGUAAACUAACUCCAAUUCACAUGUUCAUAGUUUAUCAAGUGGUCAU